AUGGAUAAGCCUGGAACUGUCGAUGGAAGGGUCAAAAAGCGCGCGGGCCGAGCCUGUGCACUGUGCAGGUCUCGCAAAGUGCGGUGCGACGUGGGAGUGCAUCGUCCCUCGAAGCAGGCGCCAGUGUCAAAAGCUAGCAAGUCCAAUGCCCCUGCCGGCCCGUUGCCGGGAGGAGACGGACGGAGUGCGCCAGAAAUAAUCUCACAACAGGCUGGUCAGCACGAGGAUCACACGAUCUUGGAAAAUCAGACGCCAGGCCCUGCGACUGGCUGCCAUGUCGGUCUAGCAGAGGAAAGACUUGCACCUUCCCAUUCAACAAUAGACCUUCUGAAGGACAUCGCUUGUCCAAAUUUACCGAGCUUCAUCAUACCUCUUCCCGCGAGCUUGGACCAAGCUGAUCUGCGAUAUCUCUUCGAGAAAAAUGCUUUCUCGCUGCCCACGGGCACAUUCCGCGAUGUGUGUCUCGCACGCUACCUCGAGUUCACCCAUCCACUCUUGCCUUUGCUGGACAAGGCCCAGGUCGUAUCGAUCUUGGACAACGAAACAAGGGGCAAGAGACCAAUGGCUCUCCUCCUGUUCCAUGCCGUCAUGUGUGCUGGGGUGACGUUCGUGGAGAACGAGAUCAUCAAACGAGAAGGUUUUGAUUCCAAACAAUCAGCUCGUCGUGCAUUUUUCAAUCGGGCCAAGGAACUGAUAUUUCGCCAGGUCCUUUUCGACUGCAAUACGGAGCCAAACACAUUCGUCGCCGUCCAGACCGCGAUACUCAUGAGCACUUGGUAUCCGGGAAAGGAAAAGAAAGAUCCAUGGUACUGGGCGGGAACUGCACUCUCUCUGGCCUACUCGAUCGGACUGCACCUGGAGCCCGAUAAGUCGCGGUUCGAUACAACAGAGCAACAUCUUCGCCGCCGGGUGUGGUGGUGCACCUUUGCUCGCGAACAGAAGAAUGCAUUAGCCUUAGGUCGUCCAGCCAGGACAACCUACUGCGGUGUUUCGAUGCUUGCACCCGAAGACUUUGAUGAUGAGAUAAAUGUCCCUGCUGCUGUCCAUCUGCCCGAGGUGACGCAAUCUCUCAGUGUUCUCGAGGACCGGCCAAUACAGGAUGCAUUGGCUGGAUUGUGUAUAGAACACAUGAAACUCUGUGUUUCUAUCGCUCUUUUCCUAUCCACGACCUUCAAAAUCCGCCAACAGGUAGAAGGCAGUAAUCGAGAGGAUUAUAACGAGUAUCCAACCCCAUCCCCAUCUAGCCGUCUUGAUUACUGUGCGCAAGAAUUCGCCAGGUGGUACCGUGAGAUGCCUCCUAACCUCCACUACGAGGCGCAUGCCGCUACAUCAAAUCCGUACAAUACCCAGCACGGCCGCAGCCUGAUCGUGCACAAAGCAACCGUCCAUGUCGUCUACUAUGUAGCGGUCAGUGCGCUGUACCGCCUCAAAGCCUUAUCCCCCAGCUCAACCUGGUGUAACAGACAGGACGAGCUGCAGGGUUCAUCCCAGCGCGUCCUCCGUCAUGCUGCCUGGGAGCUAACGAGCGUUAACUGGGGGCUCUAUCAGGCCGGUCUAUCGCCAUACUUAUCGACGACGGCUGUCGGCAGCGUCGCUGCGGCUAUACUGAUACAUCUACUGGAUACCAAGUCGCCAGAUGAAACCGUCAAAUGUGCCGCUGUCCAGGGUAUCCAGCAGUGUAAACAGUUUUUGCUUUCUCUAAGGGGCGCUUAUGGAACUGAGGUUGAAGCGCUAGACUAUCUUAGGGCAGCAGAACGGCAUGAUGCUGACUUAUCUGUCUCUGAGGAGCAGCAGACAGCACAAAUGAGGCAUGUCGUAGCCCAAAGCCCAAAGGAUUUUCAGCAGCAGCUACGUGAUCCCGGUGUGGAGCCAAUGCUGAUGAGGCCGUGGAAUUCGCCUCCUACAGCUGCGGAGAUUCAAGAUGCUUGUGGGUUUGAGUCUUCAUCUCUGACGGGAACCGACAAGAUGUUCUGGCAAUCAUGCUUCGAGGGGGCGCCCAACUACGAUCUUUUCGAUUUCAGCUUGCCUCAUUAUGAUCAAAUGGUUUCCUCAAACGGCGUAGAAGGGUUCAAUAUGGCUCGUAUGUUUGCAGAGAGUUGA